AUGAAGGACAGCCAUGUGAGCAAGAAGGACCACAUACACACCGUUUCAAAAGUUACAGAAUUCUCGCGAGAGUACAAGCCGCUGUGUUUCACUUUCAUCGAUUCGAAGAAACCCUUCGACACAGUUGAGACCGAAGAAGUCAUGGAGGCCUUGGACAACCAAGGCGUCCCUACUCAGUAUAUAAAGAGGGGGGUCCGACAGGGUGAUACAAUUUCACCCAAAAUAUUCACAGCCACCCUCGAGAACGCAAUGCGAAAGUUGGAAUGGGACGACAUGGGAGUGAAGGUUGAUGGUCCGCAGCUACACCAUUUGCGCUUUGCUGAUGACAUCGUACUGGUAACACCUAGUAUCAGCCAAGCGGAACGAAUGCUGACCGAAUUCGACGAAACAUGUGGAUGCAUCGGUCUUCAGCUGAAUCUACAAAAGACGAUGUUCAUGCGGAACGGAUGGGUCUCGGAUGCCCCAUUCACGCUCAACGGAACGAACAUAUCCGAAUGCACCAGCUACGUUUAUCUGGGUCGGGAACUGAACAUGAUGAACGACCUGACCCCCGAGCUGGGCAAGAGGAGACGAGCGGCUUGGAGAGCGUACAAGGGCAUCGAGAAUGUAGUGAAGAAGACCAGGAACACCCGGCUCCGUGCUCACCUCUUCAACACCACCGUACUUCCUGCUUUGACCUAUGCUUCGGAAACCUGGGCAUUUCGCAAGCAGGAAGAAAACGCGGUGAGCGUCAUUGAACGCGCAAUUGAGAGAGUGAUGCUAGGAGUAUCCCGUUUCACGCAAGUGAGGGACGGGAUUCGAAGUUCUCUCCUACGUCAGCGAUCGAAGAUUAGAGACGCCGCCGCGUUUGCCAAGGAAAGUAAAAUAAGCGCACUACAGGAAGACCGCCGACCCGACGGUCAGAUUUCUUCACGAAGUCCUUGA